CGUCUCGAAAGGGAGUCGGCUGCAGCGUCGUCAGCCCGGGGACGUUACCUUCGUUCUCCGUCGGGGGAAGCUGCCGGCCUCGCAUUAAAACCUUCCCGCCUGCUCAACUUUGCCCAUCAGUGCCAGUCCAAGUCAGCAUCGCCACGGGCGCGCAAGAGGAGCGGGAGGUCAAACAUGGGCUCUAGCUCCUCCUCCUAUGCCCCCAAAGCCAUUUUUUUGGAUGUGGAUGGGAAAAUGCAGAAGGUGGUGUUCAGUCGGCACUGCAGUCCAUGUGAUAUUAAGGAGCUUCUUUGUACCUCUUCUAACAUCCCCAGGAACACUGCAAUCAUGAUGGUGGAUCCCGAAGGCGCCUUGGUCUCAAUUGAUCCCACAAUGCCCACCAAUUCUCCCAACUCAUUGUACAAAGUUGUGCCCCUGUCUACUGGCCAACUUGGAGAGAAGGAGGACAUGUUUCAGAAUGUGUUGUCCCAGGUGGCUGAGCAGUUCAGCAGAGCGUUUCGCAUCAAUGAGCUGAAGACCGAGGUCACCAACAGGCUUGCCAUGCUGGAGAAGAGAGUGGAGCUGGAGGGGUUGAAGGUGGUGGAGAUUGAGAAGUGUAAAAAUGAUCUGAGGAAGCUUCGCGAUGAGAUGACAUCGAGAAGUGGCGGCAGGAUAAACUGCCCAUGCAAAUACAACUUCGACGACGGGAAGAAAGUCACCCCGAGACGAGAUGUGCCCAAUUACCCAAAGUAUACACUGUCUCAGGAGACUGUCGAGGCGCUGAAGAAGCCAACGUUUGAUGUUUGGCACUGGGAACACAAUGAGGUAUGGAAACAGUAUGCGAAUGCACGUCAUCUAGCUAUCUUUGAUGCUUUUCAUCGCAGCUUUUUGCACGGAUGUCAUCUUGUGCGGCUUCAGAUGCUGAGCUGUUUGGAGUAUAUGUACCAUGACUUGGGUCUGGUGAAAGAAUUCAACAUGAACCCCAUCACACUCAAACGCUGGCUGUUGGCCAUUCAGGAGAACUACCGCAACAACCCUUUCCACAACUUCCGUCACUGCUUCUGCGUUAGUCAGAUGAUGUACGGCAUGAUCCACCUCUGCAACCUGCAGGAGAAGCUGACUUUAACUGAUAUGGGCAUUCUAAUGACAGCUGCGGUGUGUCACGACCUGGACCACCCUGGAUACAACAACACGUAUCAAAUCAACGCACGCACGGAGCUGGCGGUGCGCUACAAUGACAUCUCACCACUGGAGAACCAUCAUUGUGCGGUGGCCUUUCAGAUUAUUUCCCUUCCCGAGUGCAACAUCUUUGCAAAUGUGGAUCCCGAAGCAUUUAAACAGAUUCGACAGGCCAUUAUCACUCUCAUCCUGGCCACUGACAUGGCAAGACAUGGCGAGAUACUGGACUCAUUCAAGCAGAAAGUGGACAACUUCGACUUCACCAACGAGGAGCAUGUGACCUGUCUCAAGAUGGUAUUGAUCAAAUGCUGUGACAUUUCCAAUGAGGUGCGGCCCACCGAGGUGGCCGAGCCGUGGGUGGACUGCUUAUUGGAGGAGUACUUCAUGCAGAGUGACCGUGAAAAGUCAGAGGGCCUCCCGGUGGCCCCCUUCAUGGACAGAGACAAAGUCACCAAGCCCACCGCCCAGAUCGGCUUCAUCAAGUUUGUGCUCAUCCCCAUGUUUGAAACCGUCAUGAAGCUUUUCCCUCAAAUUGAGGAGAUCAUGGUUCAACCGCUGAGGGACUCCCGAGACCACUACGAGGAGCUGAAACAGAUCGAUGAUGCCAUGACAGAGGCACAGAAGAAAAAAACUGAAAAUAUGUCAUUAGGCGGGAAGAAGAAGUAAGCUCCACAGUGAGUGAGUGCAGUGGUAUCUGUGGAUCCUCUUUGGUGUUCAAAUUCAGCAAAGACUUUAAGAAAAGCGAGUCUGGUUGAAGACUUGGGGUUCUGCGUUCUGACAAUCAACAAGUGGAGCGACAAGAGGGAGCAGAGAGACGACUCCGCAACAUACUCAAAGUUAGGCACCAAGAGGGCAUCGUAUCUUCAACGUUGACUUAGACUUUUGCACUGCAUAUAACAGAGAAGCACCCCCGUGACAUUUGUCUGUUUAUUUGUGGUGGCUAGCUCGAUUUGUUUGUGUACUUUGACAGCACUGCAAACAUUCAGGAAAAAACAGGUUCCC